UGAUCGGCUGCUAGCUGCUCCCUACUUAUAUCCGGUCUCCACCUCAUAAAUAUACAAUCGAUUUUCAAUAUCUGUAAGAAUUUUGUUCGAACAUUGAAUCUAGUCCUGGCGAUUUAAAAUCAAGAAAGUCGUAUCUUGACCAACAGCCAGGAUGGCUGAUUUGGCCGACCAAGAGGUCGCAGGAACACCUCAAGCGGCACCUGUUCCAGUGCAGGCAAUGGAGGUACCUGCUUUCCUGGUCUAUUUUCGCAAGGUUGUUCCAGUGCUCUUAGACGACGAUGAUCCAGAUCUCAAGGCUCUGCAGGCUGCUGUUACAGACAAACAGCAUUUAGAAGCUAUUAAGAAGUUUUUGAAUGACCCACAGGCACCAUCACUGAUUGUUCAGAGGGCAGCCGUAAAAGAUGACUCUGAAGAAUCUGGUGAUGGAGAUGCAGAUAGCAAUAACUCCCCUUACAGCAUUUCAACAGAUGUACAUUUUGGCAGUUCAAAAAUGGCUAGUGUUGUGUUCAUCAAGAGAGGACCUCAAUUGGAAGGGGAUAAAGGGCUGGCAUCUCAGCUGCGAAUCAUGAACUUUAGUGAAGGAUCACCAUAUGAAACCUUGCAUGCAUACAUCAGCAAUGCAGUUGGCCCAUAUUUUAAGUCUUACAUCAAAGAAACUGGAAAGGCAGAAAGGGAUGGAGAUAAAAUGGCCCCCACUGUAGAAAAGAAGAUUGCUGAGCUAGAAAUGGGACUUCUGCACCUGCAGCAGAACAUUGACAUCCCUGAGAUAAACCUACCUGUCAACCCCUUAGUGCUAAGUGUGAUAAAGAAGUGUGGUGAAGAAAGCAGAAAGCCAAAAGUUGAAGAGUUUGGUGACAAGGUUGAUGAUGCUCAGUUUUUAAACAAUCUUCAAAGUGGUGUCAACAGGUGGAUUAGAGAGAUUCAAAAGGUGACAAAAUUAGACAGAGAUCCGUCGUCAGGUACAGCUCUGCAAGAAAUCAGUUUUUGGCUCAAUUUAGAACGUGCCCUCCUCCGAAUCCAAGAAAAGAGAGAAAGCAUUGAAGUUGUGCUCACACUAGACAUACUGAAACAUGGCAAACGUUUCCAUGCUACUGUCAGUUUUGACUCUGAUACAGGACUGAAACAAGCCAUGGCCACUGUGAAUGACUACAAUCAGCUGAUGAAGGAUUUCCCCAUCAAUGAUCUUCUCUCAGCCUCAGAGCUGGACAGAAUUAAACUAGCUGUUCAAGGAAUUUUCCUUCACUUGCGCAAGAUUCGCUCCACAAAAUACCCAAUCCAGCGAGGGUUAAGAUUAGUGGAAGCUAUCUCCAGAGAUUUGAGCACUCAGAUGUUGAAGAUUCUUGGAACUAGACGGUUGAUGCACAUACCUUUUGAUGAGUUUGAAAAGGUAAUGGGAGCUAGCUUUGAGGUGUUCUCCUCAUGGGAUGAUGAGUUUGACAAGCUGCAGGGUAUGCUGAGGGAUCUGGUGAAAAAGAAGAGAGAAGAGCAUUUGCGCAUGGUCUGGAGAGUGAACCCAGCUCACAAGAGGCUACAGGCACGCAUUGAGCACAUGAGAAAAUUCCGUCGCCAACAUGAACAGCUACGCCAAGUGAUUAUUCGUGUACUUCGCCCUGUCACAGUGAAGAGAGGAUCAUCACCAGGCAGUGAGGAGCCAGAGGUGAAAGACAAACCAGUCACAGAUGAAGCUGCCGAUGCUAAUGCAAUUGAAGAAGUCAACUUGGCUUAUGAAAAUGUUAAAGAAGUUGAUGUCUUGGAUGUUUCUAAAGAAGGAGCAGAUUCAUGGGAGGCAGCAGUCAAAAGAUAUGAAGAGAGGAUUGACCGUGUUGAAACCAGGAUUACAGCCAGGCUCAGAGACCAGCUAGGCACAGCAAGAAAUGCCAAUGAGAUGUUCCGCAUCUUUUCUCGCUUCAAUGCUCUCUUUGUGAGACCACACAUCCGUGGUGCAAUCAGAGAAUACCAGACUCAACUGAUCCAGAGGGUGAAAGAUGACAUUGAGUCACUGCAUGAAAAGUUCAAGGUUCAGUAUGCACACAACCAGGCCUGUCAGAUGAGCAAAGUCAGAGACUUUCCACCAGUGUCAGGUUCCAUCAUCUGGGCAAGACAGAUUGAGCGCCAGUUGAAUGCUUACAUGCGCCGUGUAGAAGAUGUACUUGGCAAGGGAUGGGAAAACCAUGUAGAUGGACAAAAGCUCAAAGCAGAUGGUGACAGUUUUAAAAUGAAACUCAACACACAGGAGCUGUUUGAUGAUUGGACACGAAAAGUUCAAAACAAGCAGCUUACAGUUGUGGGCAAAAUCUACACUAUCACUAGUGUCAGAGUGCCCAAUAAAGGAAACAUCCUUAAACUUGGUGUCAACUUUCAGAGGGAGAUCAUUCAGCUUUCAAAGGAGGUGCGCAAUCUAAGAUGGCUUGGUUUCAGAGUUCCACUUGCUAAUGUCAACAAAGCCCAUCAGGCUAACCAACUUUACCCUUUUGCCAUUUCUCUCAUGGAAAGUGUGCAGUCCUAUGAUAAAACAUUGAAAAAGAUUGAAGGCAAGGAAUCACUCAAGCUCUUGAUUGCUGGAUGGAGAAAAGACUUACAAAACAUGAUAGCUGAUGGUUGCGGCCUUCAGUGGGAAUCUUACAAACUGGAUCCUUAUGUUCAGAGACUUGCUGACAGUGUCAUCAGUUUCCAGGAAAAGGUUGAUGAUCUUUUGGCAAUGGAGGAAGAGAUUGAUGUUGAAGUACGUGCACUUGAGACAUGUACAUACAAUGCUUCCAUCUUUAGAGAAAUUCUCAGCAGAAUCCAGAAAGCAGUUGACAACCUCAGUCUUCGCUCAUAUUCAAAUCUGCCUCUGUGGGUAGCACAUCUGGAUGAAGAGGUGGAGAAGAAACUGGCAGCUCGUUUGGAAGCUGGUCUCAAAGCUUGGACUCAGGCUCUUCUAGGUCAAAGAGACAGUAAUGUUGACCACUCCAUGGACACAGAUGAUGAACCAAAACAACCAACACACAAGCCUGGAGGAGAUCCAAAGAUCAAAAGCUUAGUUCAUGAGUUGAGGAUCACCAACCAACUGAUGUAUGUGAGUCCUCCUGUGGAAGAUGCUCAGUUCAACAUUCUCCAAGAGCUCUUUGCUUGGGAGGCUGUCAUCACAAGUUUGCCACGCAUUCAGCAUUCAAGAUACCAAGUUGGCCUACAAGCUGAGUCUGAAGCAGACAGCACAUACAGAAAUGUUCUCACAAAGUUACCAGAGGGCCCUAUUGUUUUGGAAUCUUCUUAUUCAGCCAUCCAGAAGACAGUUGAAGAGUUCAGGAAAUAUGUGAAUGUCUGGCUGAGAUAUCAGUCUCUGUGGGAUUUGAACCCGGAUGUUCUUUACAAUAGACUUGGCAACAAUCUUGUGAGAUGGAUGAAAGCACUGGAAGAUAUCAAAGCAUCUCGCAAAACUUUUGACACUUCUGAAACUCAGAAAGAGAUUGGACCACUCAUUGUUCAAUUUGGAAAAGUACAGUCCAAAGUGUCAUUGAAAUAUGAUUCCUGGCAUAAAGAGGUGCUCAGCAAGUUUGGAUCUUUGUUGGGCAAUGAGAUGGCUGAGUUCCAUUCUCAAGUCUCAAAGUCUAGAACAGAUCUAGAGUCUCAGUCUAUUGACACAGCCAACACUUCUGAGGCUGUUGGUCUCAUCACCCAUGUACAAGCUCUCAAGCGCAAGGUCAAAUCUUGGGAGAAACAAGUGGAGACAUACAAGGAGGGUCAGCGCAUCCUUGAAAGACAAAGGUUCCAGUUCCCAGCUCAGUGGUUGUACAUUGACAACAUUGAGGGAGAAUGGGGAGCCUUCUCUGACAUCAUGAAGAGGAAAGAUUCCUCCAUCCAGACAAGAGUGGCAAGCUUGCAGAUGAAGAUUGCCUCUGAGGACAAUCUCAUUGAGAACAAGACAGGAACUUUGUUGCAAGAGUGGGAGAAAGAAAAACCUGUCACUGGUGAGAUGAGGCCAGACAUUGCUUUGAAAUCUCUGACCAUCUUCGAAGGUAAAUUUGCCAGGCUUAAAGAAGAAAGAGACAAUGUUGCAAAAGCAAAGGAAGCUUUGGAACUUGCUGAACCAGGCUAUGUCAGUCCAAGCCAUGAACGCAUGCAGGUUGGACUUGAAGAACUGCAAGACUUGAAAGGAGUUUGGCAAGAACUUGCCAAAAUUUGGGAACAAAUUGAUGAGCUUAAAGAAAAGCCUUGGCUCUCCGUGGCACCAAGAAAGAUCCGCCAAUCAAUUGAUGGUCUUCUGAAUACAAUGAAAGAUUUGCCAGCCAGAUUAAGAGCCUAUUCAUCUUUUGAAUAUGUCAAGAAACAGUUACAACAGUAUGCCAAAGUCAAUGUCCUGAUUGUGGAGUUGAAAUCUGAAGCACUCAAGGAGCGUCACUGGAAGCAACUAAUGAAGAGACUGAAUGUGAACUGGGUGCUCUCUGAGCUUACCCUUGGACAUAUUUGGGACAUUGAUUUUGUCAGACAUGAGCCCACCAUUAGAGAUGUCAUCAUGGUUGCCCAAGGUGAGAUGGCCUUGGAGGAAUUCUUAAAACAGGUCAGUGAAGUGUGGCGCAGCUAUGAGCUUGACAUGAUCAACUACCAGAAUAAGUGUCGUCUCAUCAGGGGAUGGGAUGAUCUCUUUACCAAGGUGAAGGAACACAUCAACAGUGUUACAGCUAUGAAACUUUCUCCUUACUACAAGCAAUUUGAAGAAGAUGCUCUGUCUUGGGAAGACAAACUAAACAGAAUCAAUGCACUAUUUGAUGUGUGGAUUGAUGUACAGAGAAGAUGGGUCUACCUUGAAGGAAUCUUCACUGGAAGUGCUGACAUUAAGCAUUUGCUUCAAGUUGAAACAACACGUUUCCAAGGUGUCAGCACAGAGUUUUUGGGUCUGAUGAAAAAAGUUGCCAAGUCACCACUUGUGAUGGAUGUGCUGAAUAUCCCCAAUGUACAGAGACAGCUUGAGAGACUUGCAGAUCUGCUCAGCAAGAUUCAAAAAGCACUUGGAGAAUACUUGGAAAGAGAAAGAGCUUCUUUCCCCAGAUUCUACUUUGUUGGAGAUGAAGAUUUGCUUGAGAUUAUUGGUAACAGCAAGAACAUACCACGUCUGCAGAAACACUUUAAAAAAAUGUUUGCUGGAGUUGCCUCCAUCAUACUGAAUGAAGAUGAGUCUCAUGUUGUUGGUCUGACAUCUAAAGAAGGAGAGGAGGUCAUCUUUGCCACACCAGUGUCUAUUGCAGCCCAUCCAAAGAUAAAUGAAUGGCUGACUUUGGUUGAAAAAGAAAUGAGGGUGACAUUGGCUAAACUGUUGGCCAGUGCUGUCCAAGACAUGUCAGCUUUCAAAGGAGGCAAAGUGGAACCCUCACACUACCUGACAUGGGUUGACAAAUAUCAAGCACAACUGGUUGUUUUGGCUGCCCAAAUAUCCUGGUCAGAGAGCAUGGAUCAGGCCUUGCAGACUUCUGCCAACAAAGGUGGUGAUAUGGCUGCUAUUGUUGAAGUUUUAGGAACUGUUGAGUCUACCCUAAAUGUUCUUGCAGAUUCAGUGCUUCAUGAGCAGCCACCUGUCAGACGGAAGAAACUGGAAAGUUUGAUCACAGAGCUUGUCCACCAGCGUGAUGUAACAAGAACCAUGAUAAAGACUCACGUCAACAACCCCAAAUCAUUUGAUUGGCUUUCACAAAUGAGGUUUUACUUUGAUCCUAAAAACACAGAUGUAUUGCAGCAACUCUCAAUCCAGAUGGCCAAUGCAAAGUUCAACUAUGGCUUUGAAUAUCUUGGAGUUCAAGACAAACUUGUCCAGACACCCUUAACUGAUCGCUGUUACUUAACCAUGACACAGGCUUUGGAGGCAAGACUUGGUGGAUCUCCAUUUGGACCUGCUGGAACUGGCAAGACAGAGUCAGUCAAAGCUUUGGGCAAUCAGCUGGGAAGAUUUGUUCUGGUUUUCAACUGUGAUGAAACCUUUGAUUUCCAGGCCAUGGGUCGUAUUUUUGUUGGUCUCUGCCAAGUAGGAGCUUGGGGUUGUUUUGAUGAGUUUAAUCGUCUGGAGGAGCGAAUGUUGUCUGCUGUGUCCCAGCAGAUUCAAACCAUUCAAGAAGCACUCAAAGAUCUGGCUAGUCCAGAUAAAAAAGACAAAGGUGCUGGUCCCAUACAGGUGGAAUUGAUAGGCAAGCAAGUCAAGGUCAACCCAGACAUGGCUGUCUUCAUCACCAUGAACCCUGGCUAUGCAGGUCGAUCCAACUUACCUGACAACUUGAAAAAAUUGUUCAGAUCUCUAGCCAUGACAACACCUGAUCGUCAGUUGAUUGCUCAGGUUAUGCUUUACUCACAGGGAUUUAGACAAGCUGAGAAGUUAGCUAGCAAGAUUGUUCCCUUCUUCAAACUUUGUGAUGAACAACUGUCCCCCCAGUCCCAUUACGACUUUGGUCUGAGAGCUUUGAAGUCUGUGCUAGUCAGUGCUGGCAAUGUCAAGAGAGAUAAGAUUCAGUUUGUGAAACAAGGCAUGAUAGAAAGAGGAGAGACUGUGGAUGAGUCUACUAUUGCUGAAAAUGUUUCUGAACAAGAGAUCCUGAUUCAAAGUGUGAUGGAGACUAUGGUGCCCAAACUAGUGGCUGAGGACAUUCCACUGCUGCAUAGCCUUCUGAGUGAUGUGUUCCCUGGUGUUGAAUACACUGCAGCGGAAAUGACUGCCUUGCGCCAGCAAAUUAAGAAAGUUUGUGAUGAAAUGUACCUCAUUUAUGGAGAAGGUGAUGAAAUGGGAUCACAAUGGGUUGAAAAGGUUCUUCAACUGCAUCAAAUCACACUGCUACAUCAUGGUCUCAUGAUGGUAGGACCCAGUGGAAGUGGAAAGUCUAUGGCAUGGCAGGUGUUACUUAAGGCACUUGAGAGGCUGGAAGGAACUGAAGGAGUUGCACAUGUCAUUGAUCCCAAGUCAAUUUCCAAAGAAGCCCUGUAUGGUAACAUGGAUCCCAACACCAGAGAAUGGACUGAUGGUCUUUUCACUCAUGUUUUGAGGAAGAUCAUUGACAACGUUAGAGGUGAACUUGGCAAAAGACAGUGGAUCAUAUUUGAUGGUGAUGUGGACCCUGAAUGGGUUGAGAAUCUUAACUCAGUGCUUGAUGACAAUAAACUCUUGACUUUACCCAAUGGAGAACGUCUUGGCAUUCCUCCAAAUGUUCGUAUAAUGUUUGAGGUACAAGACUUGAAGUAUGCCACCCUUGCCACAGUCAGUCGAUGUGGCAUGGUGUGGUUCAGUGAAGAUGUGCUCUCAACUGAAAUGGUGUUUGAGAACUACUUGAGGCAGCUGCGCAGUGUCCCCCUGGAAGAGAGUGAGGAAGAUUUCCGCCACAACAGAACUGCAGGAGGAGAAGCUAAAGAGGAGGAAGUAUCACCUACAGUACAGAUUCAACGUGAUGUGGUCAACAUCCUGGCCCCACACUUCUCUUUGGGUGGUCUGGUCAACAGAUGCCUGGAGCAUGCAGAGACACUUGACCACAUCAUGGACUUCACCAGACUUAGAGCUCUGACCUCCUUGUUUUCAAUGCUGAACCAGGGUAUAAGAAAUAUCCUAAACUACAACCACACUCAUGACUUUGCCAUGCAGCAAGAUCAAAUUGAGCGCUACAUGACCAAAUACCUUGUGUACAGCUUAUUGUGGUCCAUGUCAGGGGACAGCCGUAUCAAAGUCAGACAAGAACUUGGUGAUUUUAUCAGAAGCAUCACCACUAUUCCUCUACCACCACAAGCUAAUGUUGCCAUCAUUGACUUUGAGGUGUCUACAUCAGGUGAAUGGGUUGCCUGGCAGACCAAGGUCCCUCAGGUUGAGGUAGAAACCCACAAAGUGGCUGCACCCGAUAUUGUCAUCCCAACCAUUGAUACUGUGCGCCAUGAAAGUCUGCUUUACACUUGGCUGGCAGAGCACAAGCCCCUUGUGUUGUGUGGCCCCCCUGGCUCUGGCAAAACUAUGACAUUGUUCAGUGCUCUUAGAGCUCUACCAGAUAUGGAGGUGGUAGGCUUGAACUUCUCCAGUGCAACCACCCCCGAGCUGCUGUUGAAGACAUUUGAUCACUACUGUGAGUUCAGGAGGACACCCAAUGGGCUUGUUCUCUCCCCAGUUCAGCUCAACAAGUGGUUGGUUUUGUUCUGUGAUGAGAUCAAUCUACCAGAUAUGGACAAAUAUGGUACUCAGCGUGUCAUUUCCUUCUUGCGCCAAAUGGUUGAACAUGGUGGUUUCUAUCGAACAGUUGAUCAGACUUGGGUCAAGUUUGAACGUAUCCAGUUUGUUGGUGCCUGUAAUCCACCUACUGAUCCAGGAAGGAAACCUUUGUCAUACAGAUUCCUUCGCCAUGUGCCAGUUGUUUAUGUUGACUACCCAGGAGAACUCUCUCUGAAACAGAUCUAUGGAACAUUCAACAGAGCCAUGCUAAGACUUGUUCCCAGUCUCAAGCCAUAUGCAGAUCCUCUCACUAAUGCUAUGGUUGAGUUCUACAUUAUGUCACAGGAGCGCUUCACACAAGACAUGCAGCCUCACUACAUUUACAGCCCUCGUGAAAUGACUCGCUGGGUCAGGGGUAUCUGUGAAGCUCUGAGACCUCUUGAAAGUCUUAGUCUUGAAGGACUUGUACGCAUUUGGGCUCAUGAAGCCCUAAGACUUUUCCAAGACAGGCUCAUUGAAGAUGAAGAAAGAAGGUGGACUGAUGAAAAUGUUGAUGCUACAGCACUGAAACACUUCCCCAACAUCAAUCGCAAUGAGGCUCUCAAUAGGCCCAUUCUGUACAGUAAAUGGUUAUCAAAGGAUUACAUGCCAGUAGAUAGAGAAGAGUUGAGAGAGCACACUAAAGCAAGGCUGAAAGUGUUUUAUGAGGAAGAACUUGAUGUCCCACUGGUGUUGUUUGAUGAAGUCCUUGACCAUGUGCUCAGAAUUGACAGAAUUUUCAGACAGCCACAGGGUCAUUUACUGUUGAUUGGUGUCAGUGGCUCUGGAAAGACAACCCUUUCUCGAUUUGUUGCUUGGAUGAAUGCCCUCAGUGUUGUGCAGAUUAAAGUACACAACAAGUACUCUGCUAAUGAUUUUGAUGAAGAUCUGCGUUCUGUUUUGCGAAGAGCUGGAUGCAAGAGUGAAAAAAUAUGCUUCAUAAUGGAUGAGUCCAAUGUUCUUGACUCAAGUUUCCUUGAAAGAAUGAAUACACUGUUGGCCAACGGAGAAGUUCCUGGUUUGUUUGAAGGGGAUGAAUACACCACACUGAUGACACAGUGCAAAGAAGGAGCUAUCAGAGAAGGGUUAAUGCUGGAUUCUGCUGAAGAAUUAUACAAGUGGUUCACUUCACAGGUUAUCAGAAAUCUUCAUGUUGUUUUCACAAUGAACCCAUCAUCAGAAGGAUUGAAGGACAGAGCAGCAACAUCUCCUGCUCUUUUUAACAGAUGUGUCCUCAACUGGUUUGGAGAUUGGUCCAACGGAGCCUUGUUCCAGGUUGGCAAAGAAUUUACAUGCAAAAUGGACUUGGAGAAAGGAUCUUACACUGCACCAGAUAUGUUCCCAUCUGCCUAUGAAAAACUGCCACCCACCCCAUCACACAGGGAGGCUGUUAUUGACAGCUUUGUGUAUGUCCACCAGUCUCUACACAAGGCUAAUAGCAAAGUUGCUCGUAGAAGUGGGCGUGUGAUGGCCAUCACACCUAGACACUAUUUGGAUUUCAUCAAUCAUUUUGCCAAACUGUACAAUGAGAAGCGCUCAGACCUGGAAGAGCAACAGUUGCAUUUGAACGUUGGUCUCCAGAAGAUUCAUGAAACUGUAGAACAAGUGGAGGAGCUUCAGAAGUCUCUGUCCAUUAAGAGAAUUGAACUUGAAGAAAAGAACAAUGCCGCCAAUGCUAAACUCAAGCAGAUGGUGAAAGAUCAACAAGAAGCAGAACGUAAGAAAGUAACCUCACAGGAAAUCCAGCAGGCUUUGAAAGACCAAACCAAGGUGAUUUCCGAGAAGCAGAGUAGUGUUAGAGCUGACCUUGAACAGGUUGAGCCAGCUGUUAUUGAGGCUCAAAACGCUGUCAAGUCUAUCAAGAAGCAGCAUUUGGUCGAGGUUCGAACUUUGAACAAUCCGCCUGCUGCUGUGAAGCUAGCGGUAGAGUCCAUCUGUGUCUUGCUUGGGGAAUCAGAUUUAGAAUGGAAGGCCCUUAGGGGUAUCAUCAUGAGAGAAAACUUUAUCUCAACCAUUGUUAAUUUCAAGACUGAUGAUAUUACUGAUGACAUCAGACAAAAGAUGAAGAGCAAAUACAUGAACAACCCUGAAUACAAUUAUGAAAAGGUCAAUAGGGCCAGUUUGGCUUGUGGUCCUAUGGUGAAAUGGGCUAUUGCACAGAUCCAGUAUGCUGACAUGCUGAAGAGAAUUGAACCCUUGAGGAAUGAACUGACAGAGCUAGAAAACCAAGCUGAGGAGAACAGACUGAAGGCUGAGGAGGUGAACAAGCUGAUUGCUGAGCUGGAGCGCAGCAUUGCUAAAUACAAGGAGGAGUAUGCUGUGCUCAUUAGCCAGGCACAAGCCAUCAAGGCAGAUCUGGCAUCAGUAGAGGCUAAGGUUGAGCGCAGUGUGGCUUUAUUGAACAGUCUUGCCAGUGAAAAACAAAGGUGGGAGCUUGGCAGUGAAACUUUUAAGAACCAGAUGGCAACCAUUAUAGGAGAUGUACUCCUCUCUUCAGCAUUCAUGGCUUAUGGAGGCUACUUUGAUCAACUGAUGCGUCACACACUGUUCUCCAACUGGUGUGAACACCUGCAAAAUGCCAACAUUCAAUUCAGGACUGACCUUGCAAAAACUGAGUACCUGUCUAAUGCUGAUGAGAGACUCAAAUGGCAGGCCAAUGCCCUCCCAACAGAUGAGCUAUGCACUGAGAAUGCUAUCAUGCUAAAGCGAUUCAACAGAUACCCACUCAUCAUUGAUCCAUCUGGCCAAGCUACAGAGUUCAUCAUGAAUGAAUUCAGAGAGAGAAAAAUAACCAAAACAAGCUUUUUGGAUGAUGCUUUCCGUAAAAACUUAGAGAGUGCAUUGAGAUUUGGUAACCCACUAUUGGUACAGGAUGUAGAGAACUAUGAUCCCAUCUUGAACCCAGUGUUGAACAGGGAGUUGAGAAGAACAGGUGGCCGUGUGUUGAUCUCACUGGGAGAUCAGGACAUUGAUUUGUCUCCAUCAUUCACCAUCUUCCUCACUACCAGAGAUCCUAAUGUGGAGUUUGCACCAGACCUUUGCUCUCGUGUCACCUUUGUCAACUUUACAGUUACCCGUAGCAGUUUACAGAGUCAGUGCCUCAAUCAGGUGCUUAAAGCAGAGAGACCAGAUGUUGAUGAGAAGCGUUCAGAUCUUUUGAAAUUACAAGGCGAGUUCCAACUGCGUCUGAGACAACUUGAAAAGUCUUUGCUGCAAUCUCUGAAUGAUGUCAAAGGAAAGAUUCUAGAUGACGACAGCAUCUUGAGUCACCUUGAAACACUAAAAACAGAAGCAGCUGAAGUGGCCAAGAAAGUGGAGGAAACAGAUGUUGUCAUGGCUGAGGUAGAGACUGUGUCCCAGCAAUAUGAACCUCUCGCUAUGAGCUGCUCCAGUAUCUACUUCACACUUGAGGCUCUGCAGCAGGUUCACUUCCUGUAUCAGUACUCUCUUCAGUUUUUCUUGGAAAUUUUCCAUGCUACAACCAGCAACAAUCCACACCUGGUUAACAUGAAGGAGCACAGCUCUAGGCUCUCCAGGAUUACUACGGAUCUUUUUAUGGAAACCUACAGUCGUGUGGGUAGAGGCAUGCUGCAUCAAGACAGAAUUACUUUUGCUAUCCAGCUUUGUAGAAUUCACCUUCAAGGACAAGCCAGUGAAGGAACAUUUGAAGCAGAAUUUGAACACUUUAUGAGAUCACAGGAAGGUCUACUCACAGAGAAACCAACUUCAUCUAUUCCUGGUCUAACUAAUCAGCAGCAUGCAGCUCUGAUCCGCCUGAGCAAACUUCCUGCCUUCAGGAAUGCUAUCAGUGAGGUUACAGGCAAUGCUUUGUUCCAAUCUUGGCUAGAAAGCAACACACCAGAACAAGAUGUUCCACAGCUUUGGGUUGAAGACAAACCUAUGUCCCCAAUAGCCAGGUCAGUUCAGGGUCUGUUGGUGAUUCAUUCAUUGAGACCAGAUCGCUUGACUGCCAUGGCUAGAAUAUUUGUGGAGAAAGUUUUGGGAACAGAAUUUGUACAUGUUACAGCCAAAGAACUUAAUCUUGCUACCAUUUGUGAAAAUGAGAUUAAAGGAGCCACACCUGUACUCAUGUGUUCAGUGCCAGGGUAUGAUGCUAGCUCUAGAGUUGAUGAUCUUGCUGCAGAGCUGAAUAAACAGAUUACAUCUAUUGCUAUUGGAUCUGCUGAAGGCUUCACACAGGCUGAUAAAGUAAUCAACUCCUCCAGUAAAUCUGGACGAUGGGUGAUGUUAAAGAAUGUCCACCUGGCUCCUCAGUGGCUGAUACAGCUGGAGAAGAAGCUACACAGCUUGCAAGUCCAUCCUUCCUUCAGACUUUUCCUGACUAUGGAAAUCAAUCCAAAACUACCAACCAACCUUCUGAGAGCUGGUCGUAUCUUUGUGUUUGAGCCUCCUCCUGGUGUCCCAGCCAAUCUGAUGAGAACUUUCAGUACAGUUCCUACAGCCCGCAUGUGCAAGGCACCUAAUGAAAGAGCUCGCUUGUACUUCCUGCUUGCCUGGCUCCAUGCUAUUCUCCAAGAACGUAUGAGAUACACACCACUUGGCUGGGCUAAGAAAUAUGAGUUUACAGAAUCAGAUUUGCGUGUGGCUUGUGAUAUGUUGGAUGUGUGGAUUGAUUCUGUGGCCAUGGGCCGCACAAACUUGCCGCCAGAAAAGGUUCCCUGGGAUGCUAUCAGAACUCUGCUGUCUCAAUGCAUUUAUGGUGGUAAAAUCGACAAUGAUUUUGAUCAGCGUUUGCUAAACACAUUUGUGAACAAGCUAUUCACACCUAAGAGUUUUGAAGGAGACUUUAUUUUGGUUGAUGAUCUGGAUGGCAUUAAAGGCAAGCACAUCUUGAUGCCAGAUGGAGUCAGGCGUGAACAGUUUGUUCAGUUUGUGGACAACAUGGAAGGUUCUCAAACUCCAUCAUGGCUUGGUCUGCCAAAUAAUGCUGAAAAAGUUCUUCUCACAACACAAGGAAGCUGCAUGAUGGCAAACCUCUUGCGCAUGCAACUGCUGGAGGAGGAAGUGGUUGUUUCCCCUGAUGAACAAAAACGUAUGGCAGAUGGCCGCCCUGCAUGGAUGAGAACCCUCCAUACCUCAGUCACUGCAUGGUUGCAGCUGGUACCUAAGGAAAGUGCAGCAGAGGCAUUAAGUGGAAUGAAGAGAACAGUAGAAAAUAUCAAAGAUCCACUAUUCCGAUUCUUUGAGCGAGAAGUGAAUGCUGGUGCCAAGCUGUUGAUAGAUGUACGCAGAGAUCUCCAAGACAUGAUCAAAGUUUGUGAUGGAGAGAAGAAACCAACCAACCAUCAUCGUUCUAUGAUGGCAGACCUGGUCAAAGGCAUCAUCCCAUCCUCAUGGAGGCGCUACAACGUCCCUGCUGGUCUGACAGUCAUACAGUGGAUAACAGACUUCAGCAUGAGGGUCAAACAGCUGCAGGUUAUUGCACAGGCCACUCAGGGAGGUGCCAGGGAACUCAAGAACUUGCAAGUUUGGCUUGGUGGGCUAUUUAUUCCUGAAGCCUACAUUACUGCAACACGCCAGUUUGUGGCCCAGGCUAACCAUUGGUCUCUAGAGGAACUCCAUCUUGAUGUGCUAGUCCAAUCUGCUAAAGCAGCAACACUAGAUGAUUGCAGUUUCUCUGUUACUGGACUGAAACUUCAAGGAGCUCUGUGUAAAGAUAACAAGCUCCAGUUGUCUACUACCAUCUCUACAGAGUUACCUCUUACCAUUCUAAGAUGGAUCAGGCUGGAGAAAGGCACAGAUCCUUCUAAAGGAAAGGUAACUCUACCAGUUUACCUGAAUGCCACCAGAAGUCAGCUGCUCUUUACCUUAGAUUUUGCUGCUGCUGAUCAAACAGAGGGCAAGGAUCACAGCUUCUAUGAGAGGGGAGUGGCUAUCAUCUCUUCUGACCUCAGCUAAAUGCUGGCACUGGCAUGAUUCUCUACAUGGAUACCUAUUUUAUCUGUUUCUUUAGCUUUUAUUGCAUACAGUUUGCUUACUUCUGCUGUCUUUAUCACAAAAAAUGCAGUUAUAGAAAUUUUUUUUUAAAUAAGCUGUGAUGGUAAUAGUUUAUGAGCAUGAAAAAUAUGUUAUAAUAAAAUUCUGUAUUGAAGCAUUACAACUACAGGUAUGUGUAACAUGGUUUUACUUAACCAAAUAUUGAGCUACGUUUUUUUUUUGUAUACAUUAAAGGAAUGCUAUUGUCUUAAAUCAUAAUGUUCUCUAUUAAGCGUUCAAACUUUGGUGGAUGUAGGCAUCCAUCUUUUUAGACAGUGUGUUCUCUAAUUAUAUUAAGGGAUUUUUUUUUUCUAUACAUUUUUUUAUUAUUCAGCACCAUGUAUCUUUACAACUUUGUAUUCAACUAAAAUUAAAAUGUCAAUGUACUUUUGUGACCGUUACACACAUAUAUACACAUACUCACACACACACACACACACACACUAAGACCAACCAUCUUUACGUAUUUAAGUAAAAUAAUAGUUACAACUUACUUUCAUCCAUGCCCGAAAUGGACUUCUUCUUUACAUAUAUAUAUAUAUUUGAAAUAAUUGUGUCAAUGCUUUUGGUGUUUCACCCAUACUUGACUUAUUUAUUCGGAUUUUUUUUUUAAAUCUUUGUGCUUGAAAUCUGCCAUUAAAACUGUUUCCUUGAGCUAGUUUCUAUGUUAAAUUAUUGUAAUGUGGAAUUUUAAGUUGGAAUAAAAAUUAUUUUGUGGAACCAA